GUAUUUUAAGUCAAUCCAAAACAAAACUAAAGGGAUCUUUAAAUUGUCACAAAUUACCUUGGGAAACACACUGUUGCUCACAAAUAUUUUACAAACUAAUAUAUUACAAAUUGGCACAGUAAAAUGUUUCGAAAGUGCCCAUCAUUGAUCAGCAAAUGCGGACUCCACCUGAGACAAAGUUCCCUAACCAAAACGGCAUCAAAUUUGGAACCAGAUGAAGUCGAAGAGGUGCCACUCAAUCGGCAAAAAGUUGUCCUACCUAAAUCCGAGAAAAAACUGAGCAAGCGCUAUCUGGAGUUCCGGGAAAAGCUACGAUCGGAGGCGCCGCUGGACACCCUGCUGCCCGAGGUGGCACCACAUCCGGCCCACGAAAAGGAACCCCUGAAACCCUGGCCCAACGGCACCAAUCCCCACACUGGCGAGAUCGGAGGACAGGCGGGACCAGAGCCCACGCGCUACGGCGACUGGGAGCGCAAGGGACGGGUCACGGACUUCUGAGGGAAUCAAAUCCUCACCUCGACACCUUUUUGUUUGGACAAUUCUGAUUUAUUAACCGUGUUAACAACAGAAGCACUCACAAUUUGUUACACUACCAAGGGGCGGGGAAAACUGUGCGCUACAGUAGCCCCCGGAAUCCAGAUCAAGAUGAGGAAAAUCAAGAUUUCCCAGUGCCGCUUCUGCGAAGGCAUUACAU